CGCAUGCGCCGUUCUCAUUCUGCGUCGCGUUGGUUGAGAAAGGGCCUGCUUUGUGUUUCUGGUUGGAUUAUUGCUCGUACAGAUGAUCUGACCACGACCCAAUACAACCACUUCAGGAUCAUCAGCUAUCAGUCAGCUGUGCUUGAUUCGUCGUGUGUUCUUCACCUGAUCAUCUGGUCAAUAUGGAUCUGGAUAGCACGGAUACAGAUAUUCAACUUUUGAUGCUGGUUAAAGAAGAAGAUCCGGAAGAACAGAGUUCUGCUCUCGACCAGCAGGACCCAGAACACCUCCACAUAAAGCAGGAACAAGAUGAACUCUGGACCAGUCUGGAGGAAGAGAAGGAGACUGGUGCCUCCAGGUUUCCAUUCACUGUAGUUACUAUUAAAAGUGAGGAUGAUGAAGAGGAUGAAGAUGUGAAUCUAGACUCUGCAGGUUCAGACGGUGUUCCUAAAACUGGAGACAGAUGCAAUGAACUGAAUGAGAGCAGGUCUUCUGAGUCAGAUGUUGAGACUGUCCACAAAUCAUUUAGCUGCACAGAAUGUGGUAAACAAUUUCUCCACAAGCAGUCUCUGCGGAAACAUUUGAGAGUGAAAGGUCAUACAACAAUAAGGUCUUCAGGCAGUUUGGUUAAUAAGAAAUGUGCUCGAGUGAAACAACACGUAGACUCGUGCAAGAAAGUCCAGAAAGAAAAAAAGUCGUUUAGUUGUGAUGACUGUGAAAAGAAAUUUAGUAAAAUCUCUAGUUUAAACAAUCACAGGACUGUCCACACAGGACAGAAGCCUUUUGCUUGUGAGACCUGUGGACAAAGAUUUAGCCGAAAGACGAGUUUGAACAUUCACAUGAGAAUCCACACAGGACAGAAGCCUUUUGCUUGUGAGACCUGUGGACAAAGAUUUAGCCGAAAGACAUCAUUAAGCAGUCACAUGACAGUGCACACAGGACAGAAGCCUUUUGCUUGUGAGUUUUGUGGAAAAAGAUUUGGCAGAAAGACUAAUUUAAACAGACACACCAGAGUCCACACAGGACAAAAGCCAUUUGUCUGUGAGACCUGUGGACAAAGAUUUAACCAAAAGAUAACUUUAAACAUUCAUAUGACAGUCCAUACUGGACAGAAGCCUUUUACUUGUGAGCUUUGUGGACAAAAGUUUAGCCAAAAGACAAGUUUAAAUAGUCACAUGACCGUCCACUCAGGAAAGAAACCUUUUGCCUGUGAGCACUGUGGACAUAAAUUCAGCCAAAAGACAACUUUAAACAGCCACAUGAAAAUCCACACAGGACAGAAACCUUUUACUUGUGAGCUCUGUGGACAAAAAUUUAGCCGAAAGACACAUCUAAACAGACACAUGAGAGUCCACACAGGACAGAAACCUUUUUCCUGUGAGCGCUGUGGACAACAAUUUAGCAGAAAGACAAAUUUAAGCAGACACAUGAGUGUCCACACUGGAGAUAAACCAUUUGCUUGUGAGCUCUGUGAACAAAGAUUUAGCCGAAAGGAGCAUUUAAACAGUCACGCGUUAGUCCACAAGGCAAACAAAUAACUCAUUUUACUACAAGAGUAUCAAGAAGAGACCCUUGUAGUUUUCACAUCCUAUGUCAGUAUUUUUUUCCCUGGCGCCUGGUAGCAGAUCAGGGCUGCAUCCAGUUCACAGGGCACUUCUUUCUGGCCUGCAUACCACAUAUCCUGGCUCCCAAGCUGUUUAUGUUUGUAAAUCCCUGUUUUCAUAUAUAGGCGGUGCCUCAUUGUAUGCAUGGCUCAUUAUUUUACAGUGAUGUUCUGCAGCCUGAGCUGUGGUCCUUAAAUUUCACAUUUGGAGUGUUGCAACAGAGAGAGUUAAGCACGACAUAUAUACUUAGCUGUUAAACUGUUUUUGUAGUAUAGAAGUAGUGGUCUUUUACCAAUAGUUUGUACUUUUUGAGUUGCAUAAAUAUAACUACAGAUCUCUUCAGUUUUUUAGCCAGUGGUUCCAGGAUUGGACCCUAGCUAGGGUAACCAGAUGUUCCUCCUUUUGCAGGAUACUCCCACAUUUCCAUUCAUUUUCACUCGUCCCACAAAUUUACACAGUGUGUUAGUAUUAACCAAUGCCUGAUUAGUGCUUAACCCUCCACUGUCUUUAUGGGUGACCCCGCGAGGAAAGUUGACCAUUGAGCAGGAUUGAUGGUUUAUCCCUUGAGGUCCUCGUAGCAGGGGUGAGGUGGUCCUCACUCCUCACCCCUGCCACGUGGACCCAAGGGAUAAAUCAUCAACCCUGCUCAAUGGUCAGCUUUCCUCGCGGGGUCACGCCCAUUAGGACAGUAGGAGAGUUAUAGCUGGCAUUUAGAAAGUGAUUUUGUUGCGAAAGCAGUGAGGGCUGUCAAUCCUACUAGGACGUGGUACCUUGACAGAAAGAGGGAUUUUCCGAUAAUUUUCUCUGCUUAAAGUUGACUGACAGCCUGGAGUCCCAUGUCCCUCUGAGGAUAAAAUAAGUUUCUGACCAAGGGUGCCUCAAGGGUGAAAUCAUUUCGAGGCUCCAGUGUUUUGUGGAUUAUAAAACUGAGGUGAGCUAGUGCAAGAUUCUGUAACCUUUCUAAUUAAAGGUUGCCAUGGGGAAGAUGGCUUGUAUUUGAAAUGGUGCCUUCUAGAGUUGUAGAACCACCCCACCCAAGGCACUUUACAACACAAUCAGCCAUUCACCCAACAAUAACAGGGACAGACUGAGCGGGGAUCAAGCCUGCAACCAUCCGAUUACGGGGCGGACACUCCUCUGCCACCGUCGCCCAAACAUACAUGUACAAACUAGACUAAUAAUUGUGAAAAUAAAAAUGAAGUUUUCCUAUCACAUUUAGGUGUUUUAUUUUAGCCAAUGGAAAUAACUCAGAUUAUCUUUUUUCCCCACAAAUUAGAGCUGGGCGAUAUGGCCUAAAAUCAAUAUUGUGAUAUAUUGAGGAUUUCACCUUGAUAAGGAUAACUACAGGUAAGCGCAGAAACAAAAGUUGUCCACUAGAUGGGGCUGUCACAUGUAUUACAUUGAGUCACAUUUUUACACAACUCAAGGCGGUACAGCUUCUUAAAGGGACAUGAGCGUUGCCAACCUACACCCACCUCUUCAUUUUUUAUUAUCAAAUUUAUUGACAUGGCAAAAAUUAUCACGAUAAAAGUCAGAAAUUUCUAUAACAAUAAAUGUUCCAUUUGUUGCCCAGCCCUACCACAAAUUAUAAAAUAGGAAAAAAAAAUGAUGCUUAGUGAUAAUCUCAUGGUGUACUGUACUGAUUUGUAAACUGUUGAUCUAGAUUUUCUCUCAAAAUCUCUUCUUUGAUUUCCUUUUGAAGGUAUUUAGUUUUAUUUUCUAUUUGUAUUCUGUUGGGUUUUCAAUUCCUGGAGAAUUCCGAUUGUUUACGUGAAGACUGUUUUUAUAGAUAUUUACCUGUAAGUGUGUCAUGGACAUAGAGGGUAAUUUACUGACUGCAGUCGGUUUAUAUUCACAUAAACAAAGAAAAUAAAUUCUGAAGUAGCUGUAAAAGUGGAAGAGAUGGAAUUGUGUGUUUAGAUUAGGGUUAGGGUUAGAGAAUAAAUGACAGGGUUCAGAGUGGUUCCAGUUCAGUGAGCAAUAGAAGGACUAACUAUGAACAAAAUGAGCCUCACAAACUGUCCGUUGAUGCAGGAAUCAAGGCUUUCUAUGGAGAGUUCCGGUCACCCACAAUCAAAUCUUUAGUAUUUUGCUAUACCUUCGCGUUGGAAAUUCCAAUAAAACUUUGUUCGGCCCGUGGGAGGCUUGAUCUAAUCAACCACACAUCAAGAAUGAUGCAUCUGCUUCGCUAAAUCCUCCAGAUGUGCAAAACAAUUGAAUUGUAGGCUAAAUACACCACUUCUUGCCACACAAUCAAGUAAUGCGAUGUGAGAAAUGUAACAUUGGCGUCAAAAAAGAUCCUCCACGGGACAUGAUGGUCUUAUUAGAAGGGUUAUGUGCAUUUCAUUUUCUGUGCAAUGAAACAUUCUGAACUGUUAGUGUAAUUCAUCAUGAAUGUGUUAUGAGUGUGCUCUACUGUCCUUUUAGAUAAAUUCAGCUGUUACAGCUUGUUGGAGAUACCUGAUAUUUUAGUUUUCUAUUUUUAGUUUCUCUGAGACAUCUGUUUCACUUCUGAUUAACCAUGACGUUGCUACCAGGUGUGUAGCAGGGGUCUUUAUGCUUCAUGGUUUGUUUCUUCUCAUUGCAAUAAGAUUAAAAACAUUUUUGAUUUAA